AUGGACGAAGCAGCGCAAUAUGCAUUUCCAAUUCAGCUUCGCCAUCUCUUUGUGACAUUGUCACUUUACUGCGAAUUGAGUAGUCCACAUACUUUAUGGGAGCAUUGUUGGCGACACCUAGCUGAGGACAUUCCUGAUUAUCAAAGAAAGACAUUCAACUUUAGUGAUCAACGAUUCUCUGAUGAAGAGUUACAAAGUUAUACACUUAUAGAAAUCGAGAGAAUUUUAGCACAGAACGAUAGAUCAUUGACUGAUUUUGAAGAUAUGCCAAGACCAGGCAAGGAAUUAUUGAAGAAAAUGAAAAACUCGAUGCACAAUGAUGAAAAGAGUUACAAUAUUCCUAAAGAAGAAGAAGAAUAUUGCAAGUUAAUACAAACAUUGAAUGAUAAGCAGAAGGAAGUAUAUGGUGCUGUUAUCAACUCAAUUGACCAUGGGAGAGGAAAAUUGUUUUUUCUCAACGGACCAGGAGGAACUGGGAAGACAUAUGUGUACAAGACAAUAAUCUCAAGAUUAAGAUCACAAGGGAAAAUUGUACUACCAGUGGCUUCAUCCGGAAUUGCAGCUAUACUAUUACCUAACAGCAGAACUGCACAUUCGCGUUUCAAGAUCCCUAUAGAUCUUCAUCAAGAUAGUAUAUGUAACAUAAGCCGUAAUUCAAUGCGUGCAGAAUUACUAGAGAAAACAGAUCUUAUCAUUUGGGAUGAAGCACCUAUGUGCCAUCGGUUUGCGGUCGAAGCUCUUGAUAAGAGUUUACGAGAUGUACUAUUAGUCGCAAAUCCAGAUGCAGCAAAUAAACCCUUUGGCGGAAAAACAGUGCUUCUUGGUGGUGAUUUUAGACAAAUUCUACCAGUUAUACCACAAGGAACUAGACAAGAAACUGUUAUGGCAACAAUCAACCGUUCAUAUAUAUGGAACUAUUGCUCUCUAUUCACUCUUGAGGAAAAUAUGAGGUUACACCAGGCGGAAAAAGAUUUUGCAAAAUGGUUAUUAGGUAUUGGUGAUGGCACAACACCUAAACCAGCAAAAUAUAGAACGUCAAAUGAUGAAAUUGGUAUAGUGAAAAUAGAAAAUAAGCUGCUUUUGGAAAACAAUGGAGAUUCUGUUGAUCGCAUUGGGAAGUCUAUAUACCAGGAUUUUGAUGUUAAAUUUAAAGACAAGGAUUAUUUGAUUGAGCGAGCAAUUCUUACUCCAAGAAAUGAGAUGGUAGAUGAAGUGAAUAACUACAUGUUAUCAUGCUUAAAAGGAGAGCAAAAAGAGUAUUUAAGCGCUGAUACCAUCGGAAUUCCUAAUCAUAAACUGGAUCUGAAGGUCAAUGCACCAAUCAUGCUACUAAGGAAUAUUAAUCAACGUGAGGGACUUUGCAAUGGUACAAGAUUAAUAAUAACUCGCCUAGGCAAGAGGAUUAUUGAAGCAGAGAUACUUACGGGAACUCAUGUGGGUAAACGGACAAGUGAAGACGAUGUCAAUUGUAGAACCAAACGUAAAACCCGUAAAGAACGUCAAGAACCAAUGGAUGAUCAAAGGAAGAAACAAAGAAUUGAAGACUGA